AUGCAGUUCAAAUGGACCGCGGCACUCCUCGCCAGCCAAGUGGCAGCCGUCACCCAAAUAACCAAUAAUGAAAUGCAAUCCCUACUCGAUGGAGGGGGCAUAGACCUAGCAGACCGCUACGCACCUCUAUGGUUCUUCGGUCAAGCCCAAAACCAACCACCAUGCUACCCAACCUGGGCAUUUGGCGGCUCACCCACGACAAACGAUGUAUACGACGACAACCACAAGACACCUGCAGCAGCGCAAUGCGAUUAUCCCAACGUCGGGUGUAACUGUCGAAACCCGGGAGUUGGUAUUGGAAAUGCCGGGCCUGCUUUUCCUGUUUAUUAUACGUACCGGCAGUGCAAUGAGAGUGAGGUGCGGGUUGUGUAUAACCUCUUCUAUGAGAAGGACGGGGCGAAGUUUGUUGGGAUCAAUACUGGACAUGACUACGACUGGGAGCGCGUGGUAAUCAUCCACACAAAAGAUAGCGAUGAUAUGUGGGCUCCAUCGCGUGCACUCCUCUCCGCACACAGUGGUUACCAUAACCUUGCCUGGAGUGAUAUCCAAAACACAUUGACAACCGACGAGAUCAAUGCGGGCGACGCGAAGGACCCGAACGGCGUGCGGAACAACGACCAUCCCAAGGUGUACGUGUCGUGGUCGAAGCAUGCUAACUUCGACACGCGCAACACGGGAUGGAAUGAUCCGGCGAGUCAAUCGUUGGAUGAUGCUUACCGUAGUCAGGACUGGUGGUAUUUUGUUGCUCCGCAGUAUUAUAUUCGGGCUGAUGAUAGUACGGAAGCUGGGAAGGCCAUUGGAGCUGCAGAUUGGGGGAGUGCGAGCAGUAAUCCUCCCUCUGUGCAAUCUGGUGUAUGUGAUGCUUCGUAG